AAUCGGGGCGUGACUCGUAUCAGGUGACAAGAGCCACGGUGUCAUACAGAAAGAGAAGCCGGAAGCUGCCACAACUGACUAGAAGCUCCCGAAAAUAUAAGAUGACUGCCCACUUUGAGGAGGCACUAAAACAGUCCAGCCUGCACCCUAAGCCUGCAGGAUUGAUUUUGGAGUAUGGCACAUCUGGCUUUAGGACCAAUGCCAAACAGCUGGACCACAUCAUGUUCAGAAUGGGCUUGCUGGCCACGCUCCGCUCCAAGAAGACCAAAGCUACCAUUGGAGUCAUGGUGACUGCAUCACAUAACCCAGAGGAGGACAAUGGGGUGAAGCUAAUUGAUCCAAUGGGGGAGAUGGUGACACCAGCAUGGGAAGGUUACGCAACCCAGUUGGCCAAUGCCGAGCAGGAAGAUUUGCUCGCAGCCAUGAAGGACAUAACGGGAAAGGAGGCCAUAGACAUAACCCAGGAGGCUAGCGUGUUUGUGGGAAAAGACACAAGGGGCAGUAGUGCCAGCCUCUCUCAAUCAGUACUGGAUGGAGUUAAUGCCCUUGGUGGUCACAGCAAAAACUAUGGCUUGGUGACCACCCCACAGCUUCACUACAUGGUUUGCUGUCAAAACACACAGGGUAAAUAUGGAGAAGCUACAAUGGAUGGAUAUUACAGCAAACUUUGCACAGCUUUCCUUCAUCUCACUAAGCAUGCAUCCAACCGUACAGAUGACCAGAAGCAUCUUUGUGUAGAUGGUGCUAAUGGUAUUGGAGCCCUGAAGUUACAAGAGAUGGAGAGUCACGUUAAGAAGAACUUGCAGAUUUCCAUCUUCAACGACGGCAGCAAAGGAAAGCUAAACUUCCAGUGCGGAGCCGACUUUGUCAAAGUGCAGCAAAAACCUCCAGCAGGCAUUGAGAUAAAUCCAGGAGAUCGUUGCUGUUCAUUCGACGGUGAUGCUGACAGAAUAGUUUAUUACUACACUGACUCUCAGGGAUGUUUCCACCUGCUGGACGGAGACAAGAUCGCUACUCUCAUCUGCACUUAUCUGAAAGAGCUGAUCAACCAGGCUGGUCUUGACUUGAAGAUAGCAGUGGUGCAAACUGCUUAUGCUAAUGGGAGCUCAACACGCUACCUGGAGGACACGAUGAAGGUAAUAGUGAAAUGCACCAAGACUGGAGUAAAACAUCUUCAUCAUGCCGCCUUGGAGUUUGAUAUUGGUGUGUACUUCGAGGCAAAUGGCCAUGGGACUGUGUUGUUCAGUAAGGCAGCUGAGGAGAUGAUCCAGAAACUUGCAGAAGACUCCAGCAUUAAUGAUGAGAGGAAGAAAGCAGCUGUCUUGCUGCAGAGCACAAUCACUGUCAUCAAUCAGACAGUAGGAGACGCCAUUUCUGACAUGCUGUUGAUUGAAGCCAUAUUAGCCAUUAAAGGGAUGACAUUACAGCAGUGGGAUGCCAUCUACAGCGACCUGCCAAACAGGCAGCUUAAAGUCAAGGUUUCUGACCGCAGGGUGAUAGACACGGCCGAUGCAGAGAGACGGGCAGUGAGUCCAGCAGGGCUGCAGGAGGCCAUUGAUACUUUGGUGAAGAAGUACAGACAGGCCCGCUCCUUUGCGAGGCCGUCCGGCACUGAGGAUGUAGUGAGAGUUUAUGCAGAGGCAGACACACAGGAGGAUGCAGACGCUCUGGCACAUGAAGUCAGCCUUGCGGUGUACCGCCUCGCAGGGGGAGUAGGAGAUGAACCCAAACCAUUGCACUAAAAGCACAUCCACAGACUAAAAUUCACACUGCUGAGCAGUAAAUGCAACACCAAUUAAUAACAUAGAAGGCAGCAAUUUAUCAUGAAUGUCUUUAUUUUUUUUUUUUUUUUUUUUUUUUUGCAGGAAGGGUCUAAAUUAAUUUGAUGUUUAAAUGCACUUGGUACUCCACUAUGCACUUCUUUAUGAUUGUAUAUGGUGAACACUAAAGAAGAGAUAAUAACUGGAAGUAACUGUAUUUCAAGAAGGUACAUGAUUCUGUUUUAUGAGGUACUGUACUGUAUACAUGAACAAUGUCAUUAAAUCAUCAGUUGUCGGAACUAUUUUUAUAAAGUUUUCAUACAGUUAUCAAUCAGAUUCUUAUUAAAUUGUAACUUUUUAUAUCCACUUGGUGCUGGAAGUCAUUUCUUUUCGAAGCAAUGAAAUCAAAAGUUUACAUGUCAGUUAAAGAUGUGUGCUUUAAUUAUGAAUAAAUGUAAACAUUGUAAAAAUGAGAAACUUUUUUUAAAUGUUGGAGUCAAAUCAUGCAGAUGGUACCUCAUUAAAUGAAAACUA